AGAGAAUUUUAGGAUCAAAAGUUUAAAAUUGGGUUAUUGAUAAGUGUACAAAUAAAAAAAAAAAUUGUGAGUACUUUUUACUCAUUUUUAUACUCCGUAUUCCGUAAUAGGCUUUUUCCGUAUAAUGUUGGUCCGUAUUACGGAGUAAUCACUGAUUACUCCACAAUGAUAAGUAAAUCCAUCUACGGAAAAGGACUGAAGUCUCAUUCGUCUGGUCAAGAAAGCGGUAACAAUCAGGCGAAGCGAUGGAACAACUUCCGGUUCAGCCGGUUGUCGCUGUGCUAAUCUCGACGGUGAUUGCCGCCGGAGCUUACUUAAGAAAAUCUCUCGACCUCUCCGGUGCUCUCGCCGGCUUCCUUGUCAUGUCCAUUCACAUAGCCGUCAAUUAUAGGUUUGGAGCGAUGCUGCUUGUGUUCUUCUUUACGUCAUCGAAGUUCACCAAAUUGGGAGAGGAGAGAAAGCGAAAUCUGGAUGCUGAAUUUAAGGAGGGAGGUCAACGCAAUUGGAUUCAAGUUCUGUUCAAUAGUGGCAUUGCAACAGUCAUGGUCUUGAUUGCUUGGAAGUUGAUUGGUACGCAUGACGUGUGUCUUGACUCGAAACAAUCACAAGUCAUCACUUCUUUAAUAGGUGGUAUCAUUGGUCAUUACUGCUGCUGCAAUGGGGACACUUGGUCUUCAGAGCUUGGGAUUCUUAGUAACGAGCAACCUCGUCUAAUUACAACAUUCAAGCGGGUAAAGAGGGGCACAAAUGGUGGAGUGACAAGAGCAGGACUUUUAGCAGCAGCAGUGGCGGGUAGUGUCAUUGGGUUAACAUUUGUUCUCCUAGGAUUUCUAACAACCAAGUGCACCUACAGUGUGGCUCUGAAGCAGCUAUUAGUAAUACCACUUUCUGCUGCGGCUGGGCUCUGUGGAAGUCUUAUAGAUUCUUUACUGGGAGCCACAUUGCAAUUCAGUGGGUUCUGCUCUGUUCGCAAUAAGGUUGUUGGCAAACCAGGACCAACUGUGAAGAAAAUAUCCGGUCUUAGUGUUCUCGACAACAAUGCUGUCAACCUUGUCUCUAUAUUCCUGACAGCUGCGUUGGUUUCAGUUGCUUGUUCAUUCAUAUUCUGAAAUCCUCAAUGUUGGGGGUGAUUUUCAUUUCCUUUUUGCACAACUUUUAAGACUCUCUUAGAGAGUUAUCAUUGGUAGAGUUUGUAAAGAUCCAAGCCAAGGCGUUUUACCCACAAAUUCUUUCGACUAAAAUCUUUCACCGAGCAGCAUACCAUUACGGGGCGUAUACAC